AUGGGUCCGAUUGAUGUGCACGAACUUCUCUUCGCCGACGACUGCGUCCUCAACACCACCUCGGAAGAGGAGAUGCAACGGAGCAUGGAUCUGUUCUCCGCCGCCUGCGAGAACUUCGGUCUGGUCAUUAAUACGCAGAAGACGGUGGUGAUGCACCAACCGCCAGCUAACACAGCCCCUACCCCUAACGCGCCGCAAAUCAACGUGAACGUAAACCAACUGCAUGUGGUGGAGAAUUUCUCGUACCUGGGCAGUACUCUCUCCCGUAGCACCAAAAUCGAUGGCGAAAUCGCCCGCAGGAUCUCAAAGGCCAGUCAAGCCUUCGGUCGUCUUCAAAGCACAGUUUGGAAUCGUCAUGGUCUCCAAGGGAGCACGAAACUGAAGAUGUACGAGGCCGUUAUCUUCCCGGCGCUGUUGUACGGAGCGGAGACUUGGACAGUGUACACAAAGCCGGCACGCCGACUCAACCUUCUCCUUUUAUUAUAUCGUCUCGGAAUGCAUACUAACUCAGCUAUUCAUAUAUAUGUAUAUGCAGUAUGUUAUUAAGGACAAAGACACGGGAGAGUGGAAUGGCCAUUUCUGGCUUAUUAGCCGUCGUCAGACCGUUAUACCCCACCCCGAAGUGUGGAACACCAGAGGCUCGAACUCGGGACCUGCUAGUUAAAAGUCCAGGCCAUACUGUCUAUAUCAUACGCCGCUGUGCGGCUGCUGGUUGGACUCGAGAGAGAGUCCGUAAGAUACGACUUAGCGAGUGAGUUCCGUACGACGGGAACUGUUAAUCUGCAACCUCAAAAAUAUGAGAAAUCAAAUUAACUAGGAUUAAGAAUGAAUUUAACAUGGGAAAGCUUUAUUUCCUCAAAAUAUCAGAAAUGGAAUACAUUAGAACUACGUAGCUGUUUUGAAUGGAAAAUGUUGAUUAUCAUCCCCAAAAAUAUCCGAUUCCGAAUACGUUAGGAUUAAGUACGAGUUUAGCAGGGGAAUGAUAAUUUUUAUUUUCCAAAAUACAGUGAAAAUCGAAUAAAUUACGAUUAAGUGGUGAACAUCGUACUUGCUUGCCAAAGUGGGGACGUCGCAUGAGAAAACUGACAAAUGUGGUUGGAUUCCAUUCUUUUUUUAGGUCAAUAUCAAGGAAGCCGCACAGGAAAUCACUCUGACCGAAGUCUGGUUCACUUCUUGCCGUACCGCGGACGCGUAUCCGGCGGGCACAGACAACUCGGCAAAUAUAACGGGGAAGCCGCAGUGCAGAACAGGACAACAGACAGAAGACUCUAGAGGAGAGAGUGGAGGGCAGAAGCGAAGCCAGUAG